UGGCACGUCACUGGUCACAAUGGAGUAUGAGAGAAGAGGUGGUCGCGGAGAUCGGACUGGCCGCUAUGGUGCUGUUGACCGGUCACAGGACGAAGGCUCCGAAGGCCGUAGCCAGAGAGACCACGACUACCGAGAUAUGGAUUAUCGAUCCUACUUGCGAGACUUCAACAACCAGGAACCCAACAAUGACUAUGAUGACUCCUCAGAGGAGCACAGCGUAGAGGAUCCCUAUGAGGCCUCUGGAUCAGAGCUGCCGCCGCGCAGAAAGCGGGACAGCCCCAACGAGCAGAUGGGGUUCCCGGGGGACGGCGACUACCGUGAUCAGGACUACCGAACCGAGCAGGAGGAGGAGGAGCAGAAGGCCAGCAGCAUCAUCAUGCUGAGGAUGCUGCCCCAGUCGGCCACUGAGAACGAUAUCCGGGCCCAGCUGCAAGCGCAUGGAUACCAACCCCGGGAGGUGCGGCUGAUGCGGAAUAAAGCCUCAGGUCAGAGCCGGGGCUUCGCCUUCGUCGAGUUUAAUCACUUGCAGGACGCUACACGAUGGAUGGAAGCCAAUCAGCACUCCCUCUCCAUCCUCGGCCAGAAGGUCUCCAUGCACUACAGCGACCCGAAGCCCAAGAUCAACGAGGACUGGCUCUGCAGUAAGUGUGGAGUGCAGAAUUUCAAGCGCAGAGAGAAAUGCUUCAAGUGUGGCAUUCCCCGUUCCGAAGCUGAGCAGAAGCUACCACCCGGUAGCCGCUUGGACCAGUUGGUGGCUCUGUCAGGUCGGGAGCUCAGCCAAGGCCUUCUGCCCCUCCCACAACCCUACCAAGUAUCCGCAGCCCUAUCUGCUCAGCCUGUGGCCCAGAUGUCUGAACCCUGUGCAGAGAACGCAAAUGACACGAUCAUCCUGCGGAAUCUGAACCCUCACAGCACGAUGGACUCCAUCUUGAAUGCCCUGGCGCCUUAUGCAGUUCUCUCCUCCUCGAAUGUCCGGGUCAUCAAGGACAAGCAGACACAGCUGAACCGUGGUUUUGCUUUCAUUCAGCUCUCCACCAUUGUGGAGGCAGCGCAGCUGCUGCAGAUCCUGCAGGCCCUCCACCCGCCCCUGAACAUCGACGGCAAGACGAUCAAUGUGGAGUUUGCCAAAGGGUCCAAGCGGGACAUGAGCUCCUCAGAUGGAAAUCGCAUCAGCGCCGCUUCCGUUGCCAGCACGGCCAUUGCAGCUGCCCAGUGGGCGAUCUCUCAGGCAUCGCAGGGUGGCGAGGCGGCCUGGGCGGCUCAGGAGGAGCAGUCUGUGGAUUACGGCUACUACCAGCAAGAUGAGGGCUACGGUGCUCAAGGUUUGGAGGGCGUGGCAUAUUCACAAGCGUACUUGAAGGGCUCCCAGCCACAAGCCAGCACAUCCGUGGCAGUGGGGAAGGCCGAGAAGGGCCACGGCGACGGCACGGGGACAGGAGCGGAGACGUCACUGGAGCCCGGCGUUCCGGGCAUAGACCCGGUGCCCGUCCUGCCAGGUUUCUCCCGGACCAACCAGACCUCAGCCGUGCCAGUCCCGUACCAGCCAGCUGGUGGUGCUGACGGGGCAAGCUCUGGCCAGGGAAAUUCAACUGCUGCUCAGCCGUACACCAUCGUCUCCCCGGCUGUGCUGAAGCCCGACAUGCCCGGCGCCACUCAGCCCGCCGGCGGCGCUCCUGGCUCAUCCGCUGGCGCCUCCAACCUGCCUGGGACCGGCUCUGUGGGGCAAGAACCUUACACACAGUACCCUGUCCCAGACGUUUCCACCUACCAGUACGAUGAAACCUCUGGCUACUACUACGACCCCCUGACUGGCCUUUAUUAUGACCCUAAUUCCCAGUAUUACUACAAUGCCCAGACGCAGCAAUACCUGUACUGGGACGGCGAGAGGCGCACCUACGUCCCAGCCUCAGACCAGGCGUCUGACGGCCACAAGGAUGGGGGCGGUUCAGGGGGCGGCAGGGAGGGCAAAGAGAAGAAGGAGAAGCACAAGACUAAGACAGCCCAGCAGAUUGCCAAGGAUAUGGAGCGGUGGGCCCGCAGCCUCAACAAGCAGAAGGAGAACUUCAAGAACAGCUUUCAGCCCAUCUCCUCCGUACGAGAGGAUGAAAGGCGGGAAUCGGCCACGGCUGACGCUGGCUACGCCAUCCUUGAAAAGAAGGGGGCUCUGGCCGAGAGGCAGCAUGGCGGCAUGGACCUGUCCAGGCUGGCUGGCGACGACAGGCUGAGCCCCCCGCGAGGCUUAGUCGCCGCCUACAGCGGCGAGAGCGACAGCGAAGAGGAGCAGGAGAAGGCGGCCGACCGGGAAGAGAAGCUGACCGACUGGCACAAGCUGGCUUGCCUGCUGUGCCGCAGGCAGUUUCCCAGCAAGGAGGCCCUUAUCCGUCACCAGCAGCUCUCGGGAUUGCACAAGCAAAACCUGGAAAUUCACCGACGGGCGCACUUGUCCGAUCAGGAGCUGGAGGCCCUUGAGAAGAAUGACAUGGAGCAGAUGAAGUAUCGGGACCGCGCAGCCGAGCGAAGGGAGAAGUACGGCGUCCCUGAGCCGCCAGAACCCAAGAAGAGGAAGUACUCAGCGGUGAUGCCAGCCACUGUGGAUUUUGAGCAGCCGACGCGGGACGGCCUUGGCAGUGACAACAUCGGCAGCCGCAUGCUGCAAGCCAUGGGCUGGAAAGAGGGAAGCGGGCUGGGCCGCAAGAAACAGGGUAUCGUCGCUCCCAUUGAGGCCCAAACACGGGUGCGUGGGUCUGGCCUAGGCGCACGGGGGAGCUCCUAUGGGGCAGUAGCAUCGGAGUCCUACCGGGAAGCGUUGCACAAGACCAUGCUGACUCGCUUCAACGAGACGGAAUGAGGGACUUUGUGAAGUGCCGCCGUCCCUGUACAGUAUUUUGCUGCUGACUUGUCUCCCCUGAUCCCACGGACACAUGCUGUCUUUCCACAAAUGUUCCUUUUGG